AUGGGGACAAAGUCAAAGAAGAAGGCAAAGACGCGUCUUGAUGCGUACUACCGACUUGCAAAGGAUCAGGGGUUUCGUGCCCGCUCUGCGUUUAAACUUAUUCAACUAAACCGCAAGUACGACUUCCUUGCGAAGAGUCGUGUGCUUGUCGACCUCUGUGCUGCGCCAGGCGGUUGGUGCCAAGUCGCUGCGAAGCAUAUGCCAGUGGGUUCUAAGAUUGUUGGGGUGGAUUUGGUGCCGAUUGCCCCAAUUCGCGGUGUGAAAACGUUUGUCGGUGACAUCACAGAUGACAAGACACGGAAGAUGAUCGUGACUUACCUCAAGAAGGAACCCGUGGACUGCGUCAUUCAUGAUGGCGCCCCUAACGUGGGUGGUGUGUGGUCACGUGAUCUUUUUGAGCAAAAUGCCUUGGUUCUUCACGCUGCAAAAAUGGCAGCUUCCAUGCUAAAGCCAUCGGGGUGGUUUGUCACGAAGGUCUUUCGCUCUCAGGACUUCCACAAACUUAUGUGGGUCUUGAAGCAGCUUUUUGAUAAGGUGGAGGCGACAAAGCCACUUGCGUCUCGUAUGGAGUCGGCUGAGAUUUUUGUUGUCUGUGCGGGUUUUAAGGCACAAAAACAACUGGACCCUCCAUGU